AUGAUUGAACUGACCUCCCAGACCCUUGACCCCGAAAAGUUCACAUCGGUCGUUCGGCGGAGUACAAACGGCGCCAUAGUCACCUUCCUGGGGACCACUCGCGACAACUUCGAGGGCAAGGGUGUGCUGACGCUGGAGUACGAGGCCUUCGACGAGAUGGCGGUCAAGAAGUUGGAGGAAGUGCGGCAGGAGCUAAUGGCCGAGUUCGGGCUGGACGACGUGGCCAUCGGGCACCGCACUGGCACUGUGGCCAUCGGCGAAAUCAGCCUGGUAGUGGCAGUGGGUUCGCCGCACCGCAAGGAUGGGUUCUACGCGUGCCACAAGGCCGUCGACCGCAUCAAGGAAGUGGUGCCGAUCUGGAAGAAAGAAGUGUACGAAGACGGCUCCCGCUGGGUGGCCUGCGAGGACCACGAGUUCACGCACGAGCACGAGGCUGCGCUUCAGGCUGGUGAUGGGUAGUGGUGGGACGAAAUUAAUCACUGUCCCUAACAGGUCCUUGUCUCUCUGAAUU